CUGCCUUCACUUUCGGCCUUCCUCUGUACAUCUUCUCUCUCACAUAGGAAUUUCAAUUACGCUUAUAUUCAGGCCCAAGUAGGGAUAUUCCAAGCCCAAAUCUGAUACCUCUUAGUGGUCAAAAGCCCAAUAGAGAACCGAUCCACUCUGAUACAGCCCAAGAGCCCAACCCAAGAAUAUAAACCAAUAAACUAAGAGGGAAGGCCAACCUUUCCUCUUUGGUCAUUUUCCCAAUCAGUAGUUUCCCUUCCCGCCUCGUAUGUUCCUUGAUCACCGUCCCGAUCGUAGACCACGACCCGGUUCGGACCCUCUUCGGAUCCCCACCUCUUGGCUAUUCGGAGCUCUAGGGUGUAGGGUUUAUGAACGGGAGAAAGGAUGGUUGCUUUGGUUCUGUUGCGUACUGAAACUGUUGAAUUGAAGUGAAAGUUUUGAUCUUUGAGCUGGGUUUUAGGGUCUUGAGCUUUAACUCAGGUGGUAGAGGACUGAACUGAUGAUGUUGACUCCUUCAAUCAAGACUCUGUCGAGGGAGUUGGAUAUGCUGCGGAUUGAAGAAGACCCGCCUCCGGGUGUGGAGAUGAGUAUGGUGCUACCUGACUUGGACAGAUUGAUGCUUGUACAAGACCCACCUGCUGGCGCGGAGAUUAGUUUGGUGCUCCCUGGUUUGGACAGAUUGCGGCUUGUAGAACACUCAACCGCAGGCGGAGAGGAUGUUUUUGCAAGGCUGCAGAAAAAAGUGUCGGAUUACCCACCCCCGGGCGCAGAUUAUACUCGCGCAAGGUAUAGGCUGUUUAAAGAGUUGAAGAGGCUGCUACAAGACCCACCUGCAGGGAUCAGUGUGGUUCCCCCGGACUUCUACAAUUGCGAUAUAAUGUUGUGGAAUGUUGUUAUAGCUCCUCACUCCUUGGAUUCUCCUUGGGAGGGAGGCGCAUUUAAGUUGACUCUUCAGUUUAGUGAGGAUUAUCCACUCAAACCACCAAUGGUGCGAUUUGUUUCUCAAAUGUUUCAUCCAAACAUUUCUGCAGAUGGAAUUAUGUCUUUUAAUAAUUUACUGGAUCGGUGGCCUUCUAUAAAUGACGUGGAAGAUAUACUCAAGUAUAUCCAGAGAACUUUUAGUGUGUUGAACACCAAGAAUCUGAGAAGACUCUUAACACACACCAUUCGCUUACUGCAGUCCCUAAUAUGUCAUCCCAACCCGAAGUGUCCUGCAAAUUCUGAAGCUUUCUACAUGUACUUCAGUGAGAACAGACUGGAGUACAACCGAAGAGUGAGGAUGAUCGUGGAUCAGAGUUGGAUGGCAGACUAGUAACUUCUUUAUUUUAAAAUCAGUAGCACUGUUAGUAUGAGAAUCAUUGUGCAAAUUCAUCAACAAUUUAUCCUCCAUGUAUAUCCAUGUUUUCCUCCCAGAUUAUGACUCUUAGAGUUUGUUUCUUAUUUCAGAGUAGACAUAGUAUUCGGUCUGGUAGAGUUUUGGUUCCACCACUGCUUUGCUUUCUUCUGUAUAUACAAGGGGAUUAAGACCUGAAUUGAACCUAUUAGUUCAGCAGCUUCGAAUCUGACUACAAUGUUGAAAUGACAAUCUGGUUACAAA